AUGGACGAUCUGGUAUUGCAGAAAAUAGCAAUAUCAGGCCCCACAAUGGCCUCCAUGAUCCAAUGCCUCUCAUCCUCCCCUGCCGACGUGGACGGUCUCCUCUUCGGCCACGUCACUUACAUCGCACCUUCCACCCUAUCCGACGAUUACGCCCAGACUUCCCCCGAUUCGCAACUCGUCGCCACAAUCUCCAGCUUCCUCUCCUUCCCUUCACUUCUCUCCUUCUACGACUCACUCGGUCGGGUCGACUCCUCUCGACUCUUCCCUACUCACCUCAACCACAAUCCCCUCAUCGGCUGGUUCUCCUCUCGCCGGAAAACCCCCCUCCGCCCUUCCAUGCGCGAGUCCUCGGUCGCUCGUUCUCUCUCCUCUCUACCCAAUCUCUCUCUCCCAAUCCAAAACGCUGAUUUCAAUUCCCUUUUCGCUCCUUGCAUUUUCCUCCUCUUCACCACUCCUCUACAAGACCAAUUCAUCCAAACCAACCAGUAUCGGGCCUUCCAGUUCCAAUCAUCGAAGCUCUGUUUUAACCCGGUAUCAAUCGAUAUAGUGAACAUUGGGCCUGCGUUUAGAGGACAUUACGGGUCGUUUAGCCCGACCUCUGCGCUGCCCUUUUUGAACUGCGAGUUGAGGAGGGUAAUGGCGAUGAAUGAAGAUAGAAAUGAGGAGAAUUUAAUUGGAAUGAAACAAACAGCAAAGGAUCAAUCGGAGUUGGAUAUGUGCGCCGAGGGAAUGCAAAUUGGGAGAUUGAACAGGUUGAUUGGACCGGAAGCAGUUAAUUACACGGCUGGAUUAGAGGAUUUGUAUGAGAAAAUGCUUUCAAAAAUCAAAAGUUUGGCCAGGCUCGUUGAAGCCAGCUCAGCUAAGGUUCUUGAACAGGAAAAUCAUAAUAGGAAGUUAAGGUACAAAGUUGCUAGGUCUGCUGGAGUUGAAUAA